AAAAAAUAAAAAUAAACCAAGAGAGAGAGAGGGAGGAAGGGCGGAAGGCGGAGUGGAGCGACCCCGAAUAACCCUAGCUUCUUCCUGGUCCUCGUCGUCGCCGUGGCCCUCCUACUCGCCAGCCACCCGGCCGGCGCCCCGAUCCCGCCGCCAUGGUGCUCGGCAAGAUCGCCAUCGUCAUCGGCUCAGGGAUCAUCGGAACCAUGGUCACCGGCGGCGACGGCAGCAAGCUUCCGGACCUCAGGGACGUGCUCUCCUUCUCCUUCAAGUUCAUGAAGCAGGACAAGAAGGAAGGCUCGUCCAACGCCUCGCCGCAGAACGACCUCUUGUUGUCUCAGGUCAACUAUCUCAGGGAUCAGCUCCAAGCAUUGUCCCGUGAGGCUCAAUGCCCGCAGAUUAUCAACGUCAAUGGCGGACCAGGCGCUGGUGCUUAUGGUUUAACUUUUAUUGCUGUUGGAGCCAUUGGCUAUUUAUACAUAAGAUGGAAGGGAUGGAAAAUUUCUGAUAUGAUGUUUGUCACCAAGCGUGGCUUGGCUGAUGCCUGCAACAUAGUUGGCAAACAAUUGGAUCAGGUUUCAGAAAGUGUUCAUGCUUCAAAAAAGCAUUUGGCUGGAAGGAUCGACCGAGUCGAUUGUAGUCUAGAUGAAUGCCACGAAAUUAUUGAAGCCACAGGGAAAGAGGUUACAGUCAUACAUGGAGAUCUAAGUGCCUUUCAGGAGGAAAUACAAUCAGUUCACCAUGUUGUCCGCACUCUGGAGACAAAGCUUGGACGCCUUGCAUAUACUCAAGAUCACACAACACGAGGAAUACAUGAGUUAUGUGAGUUCACUAAAAGAUUGGAUCGGAGUCCGAAAGCCGAUACUCUUAAGGUCACAGCAUCAACUCCUCUCCCUGCAAUCGAGUCUUCAGAAGGAAUUACUAGGACUGCUUCGUUGCCGUCAGGUUCAGAACCCGUGUCUCCUGUAGCUCAAUCACCUAGAGCAGAUCCACCUAAGGUUCUGCGUUCGUCUACAGCCAUAUCAGCAUCAGGACUGAGUAUGCUAGCUGGAACUACAGCAAUACCUAAAAGGGCUGUGAUCAACCGGGCAACUUCGAUGAAGGAAGGAGUGCCGACCCCCGAGGCCCCAAAGAACACUUCAAGCGCAGCAGCAGCAACCCUCAAGAGACCUGUUUCGGGUUCGAGCCGGUUCGGUUUCCUGCGGGGUUUCGCCAGUUGAGGGACAGGCGAACAGUGAUGAUAUACUACAUAUGGCACUGCCUUGCUGUGGUUUGUGCCAAAGGACAGCACGACAUCCCAGUAACCUUUUUUAUUACUUGUAACAUUUAUUAUCUAUCUAUCCAUCUAGCUAGAUAUGCAGGGCAGGUAAGGUAGUAGAAAAACAUGGCAGUGGGCAAAGGAAGGGGAAUUUGCUUUGCCAGACAAAUUUUUGUAGAAAGCAAAAUAUGUAUGGUGGAGAUACGAGGGGCGGUGAUAUGAUGGCAAGAGAUGCGUUACGUACACUGUCAUUUACUCGCAUGGUUAAUUUUGGCGAAGCAAGGAUGAUGCAUACGAGGUUUCUGAUCUCGAUGUCAAUGGAUAUUACAUGUAGCCGCAUCUGGAAGAUGCGGAUGAAAACAGUGUCUUGUUCGAGUCUAGCGAGUCAUGUAGCAGGGGACUGCUACUGUUUUAAGCAUGGGCAAGCAAGAAUGUUGCUGAUAAGAAAAGGAGACCUGGUAGCUGGUGGUGUUGCUCUACCACCAUUCUGUUGCUGAUGCUUUGCACCAUGAAUAAAAUCAAUCUGCUUA